AUGGGUAUGAAGGGCAGAGGAGGGCCGCCACCCGGCGCGGAUCCCGAAUUUAAGCCUGCCAACAAGCAGCGCCGCCAGAUGAUGCACAUCAAGCGGAAGAGAACGAAGGACUCCGAGCGCCGAGCGGAGCGCUAUGCUAUCAAGAAAGAGGAGGCCAAGAACCCCAAACUCAGAGAGGACCGUCUACGUCGCAACGUGCCGUUGACACUUGACCGGAAACGUGUCUGGGACGAGGCCGACAAUGACGCCGAGGAGACUGGACUUGGCCUGAGUGUCGACGUCGAGCGCAUCAAGCGGGCGAAGAAGGAAGAGGAGGAUGAAUUAAACCGGCCCUUGGAGGAUGGGGAGGAUGACAGUGAAGAGCCAGAAUCCGACAAUGAGUCCAUCGACAGCAUGAUCGCGACAAGUGAGAGUGAAGAUGAGGACGAGGACGAGGAAAAAGACGGCGAGGACGAAGAGGACUCAAGCCGUGGGCGCAAAAAGUCUUCGCUGCCCACUGCCACUGAGCGAGCUACCAGCCCAACGCAGUCAACCCGCAGCACGAAUCUCAACCUUGCACCCGAAGCAUUGGCUGCCAAAUUUCCCUCGCUCUUCUCCUCCGAAGCCCCGCCGACCCCAAAAGUCCUCAUCACCACUUCCAUCAACUCUACGCUACACAAAGAAGCCGAGAUCCUGACAGACCUCCUCCCGAACAGCGUGUAUAUCCGACGUACGGCGCAUCGCUACUCGCACAAAUUUUCAAUUCGUGAGAUUUCCAAGUUCGCCGCCAAUCGAAACUAUACCACCGUGGUCGUGCUGCAGGAGGACCAGAAGAAGCCCAGCGGAAUGACUAUUGUGCAUCUCCCCAUUGGUCCGACCUUCCAUUUCAGUAUCAGUAACUGGAUUGAGGGCAAGCGACUGCCGGGCCAUGGUCGUGCGACUGAACACUGGCCUGAGUUGAUCCUAAACAACUUCCGCACCCCGCUGGGUCUUUUAACGGCGCAUCUGUUCCGCACCUUGUUUCCACCACAGCCAGAGUUCGAGGGCCGACAGGUUGUCACGCUGCACAAUCAGCGUGAUUAUAUCUUCGUGCGCCGUCACCGAUACGUCUUCCGCGAGAAGCGGGAGACCGAGAAGCCGGUUGUUGGUGCGGAUGGUAAGGAGAUACAGGGUGCUGAGGGUAUCCGAACUGGUCUCCAGGAACUUGGUCCUCGCUUUACUCUGAAGCUGCGGCGUGUAGAUAAGGGCAUUCAGCGAGGCAGUGGCCAAGAGUGGGAGUGGGAGGGUAAGAUGGAGAAGGUGCGGACCAAGUUCCAGCUGUGA